CCCCCGCGGGCGGUAAUGGAACGGUCCUCCCAUCCCGGAAGAGAGGAGCCGCCGCGGCUGCACCCGCCACUUCCGCUUCCUGGGAGCCAGGACCGGAGCGAAGCUGCCGCUAUGACUGCCACCCUGCGCCCCUACCUGAACGCGGUGCGCGCCACGCUGCAGGCUGCCCUGUGCCUGGAGAAUUUCUCCUCCCAGGUGGUGGAGCGACACAACAAGCCGGAGGUGGAAGUCAGGAGUAGCAAAGAGCUGCUGUUGCAGCCGGUGAUCAUCAGCAGGAAUGAGAAAGAGAAGGUUCUGAUCGAGGGGUCCAUCAACUCUGUGAGAGUCAGCAUUGCAGUGAAACAGGCGGAUGAGAUUGAGAAGAUCCUGUGCCAUAAAUUCAUGCGCUUCAUGAUGAUGAGGGCUGAGAACUUCUUCAUCCUGCGCAGGAAACCCGUGGAGGGUUAUGACAUCAGCUUCCUGAUCACAAACUUCCACACAGAGCAGAUGUACAAGCACAAGCUAGUGGACUUUGUGAUCCACUUCAUGGAAGAGAUUGACAAGGAGAUCAGUGAGAUGAAGCUGUCCGUCAACGCCAGGGCUCGCAUUGUGGCAGAGGAGUUCCUCAAGAACUUUUAGAGCGUGGUGCUGGACUCCACAGCUCAGGUUCUCAUUCUCUCCUGCGUCUGCACAGCUGCCCUGCUAGGGAGGACCAUGCCCAGGGCCUUGCUAUCUGGAAGAGAUGAGAAGCAAUCAGAUCUUCAGGAGCUGUCCAAGUGGAAUGUACAUUGAUUCUCUGCUGGCUCCAGGGGAAGGGAGGGGGAGGAGUUAAUAGUUUGAACCAAACUCUGUGCUUCUUUGAGACUGUCAGCUCCAUAUUCUUUUUUUAAAUGACUAAUCAUUGCUGUAAUUGUCUGAGGCUCUGGGGGCUGGAGGGGAGCUGUGGCUACUCCAGCACUGGGCAGCAAGAGCAGCUCCUGCCAUCAGGCUAGUACGUGCUAGCUGGCAUUCCAACUGAAGGCAGUGCCCACUCAGUUACCAGGACCCUUCUACCAGCUGCUGUAAAGCAGCCACAACUCUGAGCGUAAUCCCAGCGUUAGGGCUUCCAGAAAGGUCGGGGCGUAGAGCAGCUGUCCUGGGCGAGCCAGCGAUGUUCUCUUGUGCCAGGCUGGGCAACCUCCAAUUCCCAAUCUCCACAGCCUCGGUGCUGCAGCUCUAGGGGCUGCUUUUGUGAUAGAUUCCCCACUAAUGGUAGGGGUGCGACUGGGUGGAGUGGGCAGCCCUGCGCCUGAACUGCAGGGAGCACUACUCUGCUUCAACCCCAUCAGUCUGGCACAGGCCUAGGCAGCAUGGCCUCCUGCCUGGGGCCUUCACCUUCCUUUUCUCGGCAUGGGUGGAGGAGGCUGGAAUCCUGACGGAGCUGGAAUCUGUAACUUGUGCUGCUUUUGCUAUUGCACUUGCUGUUCUUGCUCUGGUACCUUCCCCAUUAAAGCCUUUUUCCUGCCUCUCGGA